AAGAGGCGUGGCUCUGCGCUGCUCUGUGUUACGCCUCGAGGCUGGAUGGAAUGUCACUGCGUGACCAACCGGCACACCCAUACAUGGACUGAACCCCUGUUUUGUUUUUGAUCACCGUCACGCUGGAUAUAAACAUGCCGCUCGGCGAACAAAACGCGAAAACACGACUCUGUUUUGACAAAGCGUCUGCUCACCCCCUGGCCGAGAGCGACAUGUCGAUAAUAAACAGCGCGGUGCGACCGCAGUUCGGACACUGGCUCCUAGAGCAGGUGCAGUCCGGACGGUACGAUGGACUUUACAUGAUCGACAGAGACACAUUCCGCAUCCCGUGGAAGCACAACUCGAGGAAAGACUGCGGAGACGAGGAUAACAAAAUAUUCCGAGCAUGGGCUGUGGUUAGUGGUAAGAUCAAUGAGUAUCCCAAUGACAAGGCAAAGUGGAAGACCAACUUCCGCUGUGCCCUCAACAGCCUUACACAGUUCAAGAUGAUCCAUGACAACUCCAAGGACUCAGAGAAUCCCCAUAAAAUCUACCGCAUCAUCCGUCCUGAAAACCAUCAGCAGUGCUCGAGCAUUCACAUUGAAGCCUUGUACAGCUCCACAAACAAUCAAUGUGAAGAAAUGGAGUAUGAUUUGCCAAACCACAUGGACACCUUGCAUCUAAAUCAACAGCCCACAGAAAUACAGUAUUGGCCAGACUAUCAACAACCUAUCCAAGACCUAGCAGAUCACGCCAACCUCUGUAUCCCCCAAAUGCCAAUUGUGCAGCAGCAUUGCCUUCCGAAUAACCUGCCUGUUUCAGCACCACCUUUAGCACAGGUACCCUACAAUACAGUGCACCAGCCUUUCAUCCUGCCUUCUAUCAACGAGCUGGAGAUCUCCAUUCACUACAGGAAAAUGGAGAUGCUGAAGGUGCAGUGCGAAGGUCCACGCAUUCAGCUCCACUCACAGUGUGAUGAGUCAGAGCUGAGGGGCAUGUCCGUGCCCUUCCCCAGCACCGAGGCGCUCACUGACCACAAACAGGUCCAGUACACCAAGCGCCUCCUGGACAACAUCAAAAGGGGUCUGAUCCUGGAGGUCUGCUCCGCAGGCAUCUACGGCUUCCGCCAGGACAAGUGCAACGUGUUCGUCAGCACGUGCGAUCCUGCCGAGAUCCAGAACCCAGAGCCCAGAAAGCUGCCCCAGAACCAGAAUGAACUGCUGUUCAGCUUCGACAAGUACAAGAAAGAUCUUAUGGACUUCAAAGAGAACAGACGUGGAUCUCCUGAGUACACCAUCUAUUUGUGCUUCGGGGAGAAGUUCCCAGAUGGAAAGCCACUGGACAGAAAGCUGAUUGUUGUGAAGGUUGUGCCUCUGAUUUGUCGUGAGUUGCAUAAGGCAGCACAGCUGGAAGGAGCGUCAUCUCUGCAAAAUGACAACAUCAGCCUGCAGUUCUCCCACAAUAGCUUGUAUGAACUGAUUGAAGCCACUUUCUCACCACCUCCAGCUGUAUAAAGUGUUUUGUCUUCAUUUAGACACUGCCUGCUGAUCUCUGCAUUCCUGCUGAUAAACAUGGUUUUAACCACAAUACUGGCUUUACUCGUCCUCUCAGUCAUGCAGCACUUCUUGGCCGUAGCAAUGCAAAAAUCUUUGUGUACAAAACAUACCUGUUAUGCUGCCUGUUAUGCUUCCAAAAUGAAACAGGUAUCCCAAACUCUAGUAGUUAGCAAGUAACAGACUGUUUUACCUGUUUUGUUCAGUGUUUAACAGAAAAUACCUUUAAAAAAAAAGAAAAAAAAAAGAAGGAAAUAAUUUUUUAGUUCAUUUGUAGUUUCACUACAAAUGAACUAAAAUUUGUAGUUUGCCACCAUGUUUAGGUGUUUUAUCUUUUAGUGAAGAAUUCUCCUUGCUCUGCUACAUUUGUAAAGUUUUCUUAUCUGUUACUUUAAAAGAUUCUU